AUGUGGGCCUCUCUCCUUCAGCACAGACCAUGUGGGCCUCUCUCCUUCAGCACAGACCCUGUGGGCCUCUCCCUCAGCACAGACCAUGUGGGCCUCUCUCCCUCAGCACAGACCCUGUGGGCCUCUCCCUCAGCACAGACCAUGUGGGCCUCUCUCCCUCAGCACAGACCAUGUGGGCCUCUCUCCCUCAGCACAGACCAUGUGGGCCUCUCUCCCUCAGCACAGACCAUGUGGGCCUCUCUCCCUCAGCACAGACCAUGUGGGCCUCUCUCCCUCAGCACAGACCAUGUGGGCCUCUCUCCCUCAGCACAGACCAUGUGGGCCUCUCUCCCUCAGCACAGACCAUGUGGGCCUCUCUCCCUCAGCACAGACCAUGUGGGCCUCUAUCCCUCAGCACAGACCAUGUGGGCCUCUCUCCCUAAGCACAGACCAUGUGGGCCUGUCUCCUUCAGCACAGACCAUGUGGGCCUCUCUCCCUCAGCACAGACCAUGUGGGCCUCUAUCCCUCAGCACAGACCAUGUGGGCCUCUCUCCCUAAGCACAGACCAUGUGGGCCUGUCUCCUUCAGCACAGACCAUGUGGGCCUGUCCCCUUCAGCACAGACCAUGUGGGCCUCUCUCCCUCAGCACAGACCAUGUGGGCCUCUCUCACCAUGGAUCCAAUGGACUGGACGUUGGUGGUGACUGGCGUGGCACUGAGACCAGGUGGGACGCAGAGACCAGGUGUGGUGGUGGAGGGGGCGGGGUUGAGGGUAGGACCAGAGGCCAAGGCCGGGAGAGGGGAGCGAGGCUUGUUGAGGGACAGGUCCACGGGCUCGGUCUGGUCCUGGACCGGGACCUGGCACUUGUCCAGAGCCUCGGCCUUCAGCACCAGGGGCUCCAGCUUGAUCUGCAGCUCUGUGGGGACUUUACCCGGCGCCACCUGCAGGAGAGGAGGGGACAGUCAGGUCGUUACUAA